AUGAACCAUGAUCCGGGCCCGAGCUCGAGCUCCGCUGCCCGGCAGCUACCGCCACGGCCCGACGUCCAUCGCGCCGACGACACUGACGGCGCGGCUGGUUCUCGACUACGAGACCGACGUAAUGUACUUCCCGAAUACAAUUUUGGCGACCGCGCAUCCGGCGGCCCGUCGUCAGAGUCGUGGCAACGUGAGAAACAGCGCGAGGGACUGGCCAAGAAGUUGGAGUUUGUCAGCCAUCUUCAGAAGAGCCUUGACAUGAUUGUUAUUGUGUAUAUGUGCAUUAUUUACUAUCUGGAAUGCUCACUGUUCCGUUUUCUGCUCCGCCUCAUACCACACUCCGCAUUUCUCACUCCCAAAGAUGGUCUGCUUCUGCCAGCCGAGCAGCCACAUAUUUAUGCCAUCUUCCUACCGGGUACCCUGUGUAUCCUUUCACACGCCUUCUUUUCUUUGCCGCAAGCGGGAGAGGCAACUCGCGGCUACCUGCAUGGCGGCGUCAUCAUCGACUUCAUCGGCCAGAAGCCUCCGACAACCAGACUGACCUUGUUGUUCUUCGACUUAAUGAUAUUGGGCCUGCAGUGCCUUAUGUUGGCAGUCCAUCGAGAGCGCGAGCGGCUUAAAAAGGCAGUCUCUCCAGGCUUACCGACGAUUGGUCCAAGUAUAGAUCGGGCAGAACAGCCUACCACUGCUCAGGCAAGCACAACACAGGACCACGAUGCUGAGGAGCGAGGCGUGUUGAGAGACAACCCGUUUAUCGCAGACGGCGGCGACAGCAUCGAGCUUCAGCCUCUUCCGGAAGCAUGCAAUGGCCGAGAGGGAGGGAGUGGCGAUGAACAUAAUCGAGGGGGGAACGCAUACUCUUCAUCCAGGGCCAACGUGGAUAUGUUGGACGUCCUGAGAUCGGGCAAUGCUGUGCUGUCCAGUUUUCACAUCAUUCAUACUGUUCGGGCUGUUGCCAGUGGUGUCCAAGCUCCUGGGCCAGCGGCAUAUUCGCUGCGCACGCUGGGUUACAACGCCACGCUCGCCGCCUUGGCUGCAGAACGCAGGAGAAGACUUCUGAGGGGGCAACAGAGACAGUGA